CCGGUAAUCGGCGGCGCAAAAAAUUUCUUCGACUAGAAGUAGAGGUUAGUGGUAACGGAGCAAACAGUGUUGUUGUGGGUUAAGAGUUCAAACGGCCUCACCGACCACUUCAAAGACUUUAAAGGCUUUUCGUGCUUCCUCCUUCCACCAGUUCUCUUCGUUUAAAGUUCACCUGGUUCUUCAUCGUCUGGCGAAUGUCUGCGCCAGAAUCGAAAGAGAUCUUGAUGUGGAGUCAAGCGAAACGUGUUAAAAUAUUAAUUUGAAAUAAGAAGAUACAAAUUAUUGUAAGAAUAAUCAAAAAGAUGGGAAAUAAUUUAAGUGAUAAAUCGUGCAUUUCGGAAAAAUCUCAAAGCGCCAAAGAACGAACCAACAAAGUGAUCUUUUUGCUUCACCGUACAUGGGCGAUUAUAAUCGCGGAAAAAUGGUCGAAAUCGAGAACAUCAAACGCUUCGAAGGAGAUUAAUAGCGACUUGGAAUCUCAAUAUUCUUUCUGUAGCUGUUCGCAGUGUCAUCGUAACGAUGAUAUUAAAAGUGACACAUCGAGUUUCAUCUUCAGCACGGAAGAUACAAUGGCGCCGAAUUCGGAGGAUGGAGUGCGAAUUAAUAAUUUUUCGUGGAACGAAGAGUGCAUAUCAAAGGAAAAACAACGUCCCCCGAUUUAUAACCCAGAAGAUUACGCGUUAUCUUUGAAAAAAUGGGGAAGAAAACCCCCGGCAAACGGCCCCGGGUUAUACUCAACUCCAUCGGUUGUCGCAACUGUUGAUCCGGAAAGAUCCAGAACGAAAAGUCAUUCGUUUCGAGAUUAUAGAAACCCUAUGUUAUCAGAAAAUGAAAUGACUUUAAGACAAUUUGGAACAGUAUCAGAAUUACUUUGUAAAUUAAAAUCAGAUUUACGAUUAUCAUAUGUAAGUUUUGUCCAAGAAUUCGUAGCAGAUCCCUUAGAUGGCGCAACGUUACUUCUGGAUGUAUUAAGAAUCAUCCAAUUAAGCCAAGCGAACAGUUCAACAAGCGGAAGUUCGAAUACCACCGGAAGAGUUCCCCCUUCCGUUCAAAGAAGGGCUCUUUUGGACGAAUUAAGUUGUCUUCAAUGUCUAAUGUAUUGUGUUAUUAGAUACAACGAAUCCGUAAGAACAAUUUCGACGUCUUCAUCCGGACUAUUUACACUCUCAGUUUGCAUUAUGAGUAAUGUUACGAAAUCGAGAAUCAUUGCAUUGCAGGUUUUAACAAAAGUAUGUUCCGUAGCCGAUUUGGGACACACGUCAGUUUCGGAAGCUUUAUCGACUCUUCGAUUAAGAUUUGGAGAACCGGUGAGGUUCAGAUUUUUAGUUGGAAUGUUAACAUCAUCAGGAAAUCAAUCAGAAUUAUUAGCGGCCGGUUUAGAAUUUUUAAAUGCGUUUUUAGAUCAUUGCGGAAACACCCAAAAUCGGUUAUACAUCCAAGCUGAAUUAGCCCAAGCGGGAUUAGAUAUGGACGUUAUUAAAAAAAAUGUUUCGCUCGAUAGUUCAUCAUCAGAACGGAUAUUAAAAGAAUUCGAACGUUGGGAAAAAGGUUUCAUCGACAUCGAGGGCUUAUCAAAGCGAUUCGAGGAUUUAGAAAAAAACAACGAUGUCUUAAAAGAUAAAGUUAUGCUUUUGGAGCGAAAAAUAAAAAUUCUGCAAGAAGAAAAGGGCGUUUUGAUGUCGUUAGAACAAUGUUUAAAAACGAAAUGUAAUGAACUGCAAGAUGAAGUGAUUUCUUUGCAAUCAAAAAAUAAAUCUUCGUUAAAAAAAUCCGAGAAAGACCGUUUUUCGCCGGCUAUAGACGAAGGAAUAUCAUCAUCCGAAAGGAGCUUAACGCCAAAUAUGAUUGAAAUCGAAGACGAAACCACAAUAGAGGAAGUUAUGGAAGAACUAAAUAAUAUUAUUAAUAACGCGGAAAACGAAGAUUUAAAAAGAGAGGAAGCCAAAAAGAAAUUAAAAGAUAAAGAGCGAAUAAAAAUAGAAAAAGCUCAAAUUGAAUCAAAAUUAAUAAAAACUAACGAUAUCUUUUCCGAUUACGAUUACGAAUCCGAAAUAAUCCCAACAAAUCUUCACCCUCAACCACCAAGAAAAUCAAAAAGUAUGGUCCAUUUAUACGUUCCAAGCGAAGAUUAUGAUUGUCCGAAAGAAUUCUUCGAAAAUGAAACUGCAUUUUCAAGCGAAGAAGGUUCCGAUUCACUUUUAAGCGCCUCCAAAUGUAUUCCUAAAUACAACAAGAACAAUUUAAAGUUAAAAUUAUUAAAUCAAAAAAGCGAAUCGUUUAAAAAUCCAACAAUAAUCAAAAAAAAUUCUUUGGAUAAUAACAAUAUACAACGAUCGAGAAGUCACCCGAAUCGAUCAAAAAGUUUAGACAGAAUCGAUGACGGCUUAGAUGCCAUCAUCGAUAUUGUUGUAACCGAUCAAUUCGCAAAUAAAAGCGAUUCAAAUGUAUUCACAACGAAAUUAUCAAAAUGUUUGAGUCAACAGAAUCUGGAGCGAAACAAAAUGUUUUUACCCGCGAAUAAAUUUCAAUCGGCGGAUACUCAUUAUUAUUUUCCGAGGGUCCAAGAAAAACGGCACGCCAGUACAAGUUUUUUAACAAAACGUCCAAACGCUGGAUUGUACUCUGGGCAACAAAUUGUUACAACAGGGAGUAAAACGAAAAAAACUGAGUAUUUCGCUUCCGUUGGGAGCAAAAAUUCUUCCGGGAAAGUCACCGACAUUCCUUCUGGUUUAUAUUAAAAAAAAAUCACAUUAUAUAAACGAAUGUAUACGAUUUCUAAUUUAUUUACCUUAAAUGUUAUUAAUUCUUUUAACGUGCAAUAUUUUUUGUUCUUGUGUAAUCUUACUUUUACGAUCGUAUUUGGUCGAGGAAUAUAUUUUUUUCUAUUAAUUUUAUUAAACACUUAAGAUAUGUAUAGAAUUUUGUAUAAAGAUCUCAAUAAAAAUUAUUAAACGUGCA